UCCCUGUCCUUGCUCCUGGCGGCUGUGCUGGUGAAGGUGGUGGACGCCCGGAAGAACCGGCCCGCGGGGGCCAUCCCCUCGCCUUACAAGGACGGCAGCAGCAACAACUCGGAGAGAUGGCAGCAUCAAAUCAAGGAGGUGCUGGCCUCCAGCCAGGAGGCGCUGGUGGUCACCGAGCGCAAGUACCUUAAGAGUGACUGGUGCAAGACGCAGCCGCUGCGGCAGACGGUAAGCGAGGAGGGCUGCCGCAGCCGCACGGUCCUCAACCGCUUCUGCUACGGCCAGUGCAACUCCUUCUACAUCCCGCGGCACGUGAAGAAGGAAGAGGAGUCCUUCCAGUCCUGCGCCUUCUGCAAGCCCCAGCGCGUCACCUCGGUCCUCGUGGAGCUGGAAUGCCCCGGGCUGGACCCUCCCUUUCGACUCAAAAAAAUCCAGAAGGUGAAGCAGUGCCGCUGCAUGUCCGUGAACCUUAGCGACUCAGACAAGCAGUGAGCUCCCCCCGCACCCCCGGGCAGGACGCAGCCCCGCACUGCGCGACCCGGCCGCUGGGUCAUGCCACCGCCGCCGCCGCCUCUGCCCCUGUCCUCUCAACUCCCUCACACGACGCCUGGUGGCCUCCCCCCUCAGCAGCAAGCACGUUUCUCGGGGCUGAUGGUGUCCUUGUCACAAGCGCAGACCGCAAGUGGAGCUUUGGCUGACGUGUUGCUCUUCGCCGACCCCGGGCCACACCUGUGCGUCCCAAGCCAGGCUGUGUUUCAGGCUCGAAGGAAGAUGCCGGGAAGCCACCACCCACCCACCACCCAGCGGUCAGAGAGGAUCUUCCAGGUGUCGCGCUGUCGAUCGAUCCGGCAUUGAUGUUUCCACCGUGUGGAAAGGCGAGUAUUUCCCUGUCCUCACCCUACACUCCAGUUGGCCCGCUGAGCAGCCCCUCACACCUCUGCUGCUGGUCCGCGUAUCUCUGGCUGGGAGAGUUCACUGUCGAUUCCAGGGCUGUCCUCUCGCGGCUGUGCUGCGGAUUUGGACAAGGGCCACAAGCUGUCCGUGGAUGGGGAGGUUCUCCUAACCUGAUACCAAGACGACGACUUGAGCCAAUAGGUCAAGAAGUGAACUUUCCUGGGGACCUGGCUCACAGCAGGCCUCGCUCUCCCCCCGCCCCCCAGCCACCCCCCACUUUUUCCUCACUCCCCCCACCCUCCACCUAUGGACUAAAGAUGAACUCUGGUGUGCAUGCUAUUAUCGCUGCAAUUGGAAUAUUAUUACACACAAAGGUUUCUAUAUUAACGCUGGUUUUAUCAUUGACCUAUAUUGUAAAGAGCUGUUGAAAAGUAUUAUAGACCUAUCCAUGUAUUGUUUCACUUGUUUUGACUCUGGCUUUGCAGCAGCAUUCUGAUUAAGGACCAGAGCAGAUGACGAUCUGCCCAGAAGGCGUUUUACUCAGAAUUACUGCCUGGCAGCAGUUCACUGUCAUGCACCUAUUCUUAGAUUGGGAAGGGAGAUGGGCUGAGCUGUGAUUUGACCUUGAAUAGGAUUUCACUGAAGGUAGUAAGACAUUGCAGCACAAUGUAGGAACUGGUUUGGGAUGGAUGGGGGUAGGGAGAGGGGGUUCACUGGGAAGUCAUUAACCUGAAACUCAAAAGCCCCUGUAGUAUUUAAUAUGCAUGUGUAUACUAUUUCACUGCCGUGACACGAAGCAAAAAUUAUGUCCUGUUAAAAGAGAGAAAUAUUUAAAAAUAUAAAGAGUUGGGUCACUUUGCGAUAUAAGAGGAAAUAAAGGAUAAAAUAUAUUGAGUAGAAAUCUAGUUGAACUGUCCUACAGAAAGCAACUAGCUUCCUUUUCAAAGAAUGGUCAGCUUUCAUUUUUAUAAUGAUUGUUGAGGUUGCCAUGUUGUGGUCUCUUGAUAUAAGGAAUUUGACGUAAUUUAUUUUCCUGCAAAAUUAUACUUAACUCUAAGUCCCUUUGUUAAGUUGCCCCACCCACUGAAAGUGUCCCUGUGAAUGGUGUUUAUGGAAUCUGACAAUGUGAAUGGGAUUCCAAUCUGAUUGGUAGGAAUGAGCAUGGGUGGAGAUGAAAAGUUGGGAAACUUUUCCCUGGUAAUACCCAAGCACUCAGUCUCAAACGCUCUGCUUAGGGGACUCAGGAAGGCUUGAUUUCCUGGUAUGUGAGAACCCCUCUACAAGCUGCUCUGGGAACUGAGGCUUCCCGAAGUUAGACAGUGAUGGAGAAUCUAGAGACGUUCACCCGGAGAGCAAGGAUUCGGGUAAGGUAGGGCAUGUAGGUGAAUCCGUUUCCUGCCCCUGCGCUGCAGGUUUCAUUCCUGUCACUUCUGUGACACCACGAGACCUGAGCAGAAUGCGCAGCUCUAAAGGGGGUCUCGGCUUCAGAAAUGAGCAUAUACACCUUAAGGCAGGAAAUGCGUAUUUAGUGGAAACCUCACGUCUGACUCAGGCAGAACAUGCAGCAGAAAAGCUGUGAGGGAAGGCGGUCCUUGUGAUUGUGAGGGAGGCCAAUGGAGUGGAGUAGGAGAGAAGUGGAAGGCAGUUUCCCACCAAACCGUAAAGCCAACCCCUGUCAUUUUAUUAACACAGAACCCAAGCAGAUAGGGGAAGGACUAAGCUAUGAACUCACAGAGUACACACGUGAGCUCACUCUUUGAACACAAUUGUGGGUAUAGCAAUGGAAGCAACAUGAUAUGCUGCAGUGUGAAACUCCUUCUGGGGGUUCUUGUAUGUACAGAGUUUACUUUAUAAUGGCUCAAAUUGUAUUUAAUUGUUUGUUUUGUUUAUAAAUGAAGAAAAGCUAUAAGUAUAAUGUAAUUAUUUUAUAGGUGUACUAUUAAAUUAUAGAACAAAUAAAGAUACUCUAGGAUUAUAUGUGAUCCUCGUGUGAUGUGCCGUGAAAGUGGAAUUCUGAACUUGGUUCAGUAAGCAGCACAGGAGCACUGUGCAUUAAGUUCAGCCGUGGUGAGUGUGACCCCUAGCCUACAUUACACAAUUGGCUUUGGGGCCUGGCAUCUUCAAAGAGAAUGAAAACCAGGCAUCCAAGGAGCAGAGGUGGUGGGCAUGGCUCUCACUCUGGGUCUUGGGGAGUUUCCAAGUUUCUUACAGAUCCCCCAGCAGCUGAAGACAGAAUUCCUUACCUAUUCUCACUGUUUUCUCUGAAUAAGAAAUACUGAAUGAGGCAGCCUUGAGAAAGUGCUGCAGACAGAAAUCUACUUCUAACCUCAUCUUCCCUUUAG